GAAAUCGCCGCUCAAAGAGUUAUUCUCCCUGUCAAUAUCACGACUUGCUUGAUGCUGAAGGGAAAAAAAUAUGAUUGGAACCUCAGCGAAGAAUCAAAGCGUGAACCGCAAAAAACAGAGACCUGACUUUACUGCUUCAGCAAAAGAUAACCAGCACAAUGGCUGCCUUACUACCAUUCAUUCAGGAUCUCCUUCCCAUGAUAUUACCCUCUGAAGUACACAUAGCUCGGGGGAAAGACCUCGCCUCGGGGAUCCAGCCUCCACCGACGGACCACAGGGCAAAAGAUACUUCCAGCAGACAGGAAAAAUCUCAAGAUGCGAGUCAAACAGCCCAGACCACCAAAGAGACUCGAGUUGCCAAGGGUGCGGUUGAGAAUGGCCCCAUAGAGCUCAUUGGAAUCAGCGACAGUGAAGAGGCCUCGUCGACGGGAGAGGACGCGCCAGCAGAACAGGGCAAUGACUCUUCAGAUGGAGCUUCACGCAAGAAAACAAGCCCACCACAGCGUCCGGGAGAAAGAGGCGGGGUCGUCGUGCGCAACGCGAUAGUCAACAAGACUGACAAGAUGUGCGCUUCAGUCAUGUUUGCCGGGCCACAGUCCGAUUCGGCUGUUCAUCAUAACAGCGAACAUGAUACAAUUAUCUAUGCAGCUUCAGGUAGAGGCAUACUCGCCACGAGCCCUCCCGAGAACUACAGCGACGACGAAGAGCAACCUCCCAUGCAGCGGGAGCUGGAGCCGGGCGACUUUGCAUUCAUCCCAGCUUGGACGGAGCAUCAACUGAUCAAUAAGACGGACGAACAAGUCGUCUGGGUAGUGAUACAGGGCGGACCUACCCCGAUAGUAGUGCCCCUGACUGGUUGGGGUGGAGCCGAGGCUGAAGCAUGACUGGCGACAGGCAUAUCAGAGUAUACUUCCGAGAGCCAAUCGCAAAGAUAAUAAUACGAUGUGCAUGGGUUUGACGUGU